AUGUACAAGAUCAUCCUAGCAGCUGCAGUGGUAGCGGUAGUCGCGGCGCGUCCACAGGACGGUCACCACCACGAGCACCACCACCACGCCUCCUCCUCACAGAGCCUCAAGCAGUACCACGGGAAAGCCACUGAGAAACACGUCGAAUACUAUUCUCAUCCCAAGUAUGAGUUCGCGUACAAGGUUGUGGACCCUCACACCGGUGACAAGAAGUCCCAGCAUGAGUCUCGUGAUGGUCACGUCGUGAAGGGUGUGUACAGUCUGCAUCAGCCUGAUGGCUCUGUCAGGACCGUGGAGUACCACGCUGACAAGAAGACUGGAUUCAACGCCAACGUGAAGUACGAAGGUCACGCCGUACACAUCGUUCCUGAACACCACCACCACCACUGAUUUUAUUUUAAGCACUUUUUCCUAUUGACUUUUCUUGUUAAUUUUAAUUGUAAG